GUCGCUGGCCGCUUGCCGUAGUGCUGUGACGUAGGCGGAAGGAGUUUUGUUUUGAGAAGACGAGCAUGGAAACGACCGGAAAGAUUCAAGCCUCAAAAUCAAAAAAGAAAGGUGGUAAAGGAACCAAGGUGAUUUCAGCAGCGGAUGAGGCGAGAAAGAGGGAAGCUAUUAAAGAGGCGCUUAGAAAGAAACUAGAGUUGGAGCGCAAAGCCCUGCAGGUGGUUGAGCGACUGCUGGAGGACAGCGUGACAGAGGAGUUUCUCAUUGACUGUGCGUGGCACAUCACUCCUGCCAACUACAAAGAUACAGUGGAAGAACGGUCCAUUGCUAAACAGUGUGGAUAUCCUAGGUGUCCAAAUAAACUAACAAAUGUACCCACUCAGCAGUUUAAAAUAUCCACCAAAACUAACAGAGUCUAUGACAUUACAGAGCGCAAGUGUUUUUGCAGUAAUUUCUGCUACAAAGCCUCCAAAUGUUUUGAGCUCCAGCUCUCAAAAACUCCACUUUGGCUCAGAAAGGAGGAGGGACCACCUGAAGUUAAGCUGAUGAAAGAAGGAGAGGGAGGCAGCUCUGGACAGGAAAUAAAGCUGGUAGACAGGCCUGUGACAGAAGCUGACAUUGAAAAUCCUGUCCCAGACGUUCCUGAAUCUCACAAUGACUCCCCUCCUCACAACCCGAGCGACCACAGUGACAUUGAGCAAGACUUUGUCUCCAGUGUGGUGUCCAAACAGCAUAAACACGUGAGGGUACACUGGGGAAAACUGCCAAAGAGGGACGAAGUCAGUGAGGAAAGGUCAAAUACUGAAAAUAAGCAACAUCCAGAACCUACAGGAACACUAGAUGGAGAAAACAAUGAUGAAAAUAGAUCUUCAAUAACCCCUCAACCACAGAUGGACCCAACUGCCAAUCUGUCUAUACCAAAUAAAACCACAUCUGCUGUAUCUGAUGUUGAAGGAACUCUGGAUCUUUUGAAUCAGUGUAGCCUAAAGGACAUUGCAAUCGACCAGGAAACCAACCUUUCUUCACAGCCUGAGAUUGGAAACUCCACCCCUCCCGCUAGUGGUCUGCACAUCACUCAGGUGAGCAUGAGUAAGAGAGGAGCUGCCAGCCUCAAAGGCUUGUUGAAGGACCAUAACAAAGCUAAAACAACUACAUCCAUCAGUGUGUGCCUUCUAGAGCAUCUAAAGCAAACGUUUAUAGAGUGGAGAACUGAGGAAACCACAAAGUUUCUUUAUGGGCCUGAUUAUGCCUCUGGUACAGAGGUUUCUGCACAGGAAGUGGAGGAACUGGAUGAAGAUGACCUGGAUGAGGCUGAGGUGGAAAUGAGCUUAGACAGAACAGUGGAUGUUCUUCCGGACCCCUGUGCUUCAGCUCCUGAUUUUCAAACUCUGCGGAAGGAGACCGAGUUGCUGGAGCUGAGAGUGAGAGAGUUUUAUAAUGGAGUAUAUGUUCUGCCUGAAGAUGUCAAGGCAGAUGCUAUCAAAGACAUUCAAGACAAACAGGACAGUGGGAAGGACCCUCCUCUACCUUUGGUUGAUUCUCAUGCGCAGCAUCUGAUUCAGAAACGCAUUGCUGUGGAGAAGCUCAGCCAGAGCUUGAGAGAUGUUGUGGGACCUCUGCAUCUAACGAUGAAUGAUGUAAUCAAUGACAUAAAUAAUCUGGUCAGGACAUUCAGGUUUACAAGCGUUAAUAUCAUUCACAAAAGGCCAGAAUGGACUUUAAUUGCUGUGGUUCUUCUGUCAGUAUUAACAGAAGUGUCACCGUUGCUCAGAGAGUCAUUGGCAAGUCCAUCUUCAUUGGAGUACAUCUCCUCUCUCAUGAGAGAGCUGAAACUGGAGGACAAAGAUCUACACAACCUCGUGCUGCUCUUCAAACCGUGUUUUACUUCACAAACAUAAUGUACCACAUGCACAUUUAGAGUUUAUAUUAAAAGUGAAACAAUGA